GCUUUGGCCAGCUUCUUCUAGGCAGUCCUAUACGAUAUCGCUCUCUCUCUCUCUCUCCCCUGCAGAGCAGUAGAGAAAUGGCGUCAACUACAGCAUCAAUUGUACCGACGAGGUCGGAGGUGCUGUCGCUUUUCCGGGCGCUUCUACGCACGGCCCGGCAGUUCAGUGAUUACAACAUAAGGGAGUACACCAAGUGCCGAACCGUCGACGGGUUUCGCCAGAACCGGAACCUGACGGACCGGGACGUGCUCGCCUCCGCCUUCUCUGACGGCAAGGCCCAGCUCGAGAUCGCAAAGAGACAGGCCGUCGUCUACUCCUUCUACGCUCCCAAGGUCAAGAGCAUCAUGGACAUCAAACCCUGAAAUCCAAGUCCCAAAAUUUAUGGUACUUCCUUGUCUUAGCUCUUGAGGACGGUCUUUUUCUUUCUUUGUAUUUAAAUUUUUGGCUAAAUAUUUUUUUGUUAUUGUUAUAGUAAAGUGACGAUUUUGAUUUUGGAUUUAUGGUGGUCUCUGAAUUUACUGGAUGAUGGGUUUAUUGAGUAAUAAUCAUCUCUAUGAUUUUUAUGGAUUUGAUAGCUUA